AUGGCCGCGUCCACCCUGUCCGUCUGCUCCGGCGACCUGAGCUAUGGCAGCCGCGUCUGCCUGCCCGGGGCCUCGGACUCCUGCCCCGACUCCUCCUGGCAGGUGGACGACUGCCCAGAGAGCUGCUGCGAGCCCCCGUGCUGCGCCCCGGCCCCCUGCCUGACCCUCCUGUGCGGCCCCUCCUCCCCCUACCAGGGAGACUGCUGCACCCCUGCGUGCUGCAAGCCCGUGUGCUGCACCCCUGUCUGCUGCAAGCCCGUCUGCUGCACCCCUGCGUGCUGCAAGCCCGUGUGCUGCACCCCUGUGUGCUGCAAGCCUGUCUGCUGCACCCCUGUGUGCUGCAAGCCCGUGUGCUGCACCCCUGUCUGCUGCAAGCCCGUCUGCUGCACCACUGUAUGCUGCAAGCCCGUCUGCUGCACCCCUGUGUGCUGCGAGGACUCCCCCUGCUCAGCCCCCUCCUGCUGCCAGCCCAGCCCCUGCUGCAGACCCUCCUCCUGCGUGUCCCUGCUCUGCCGCCCCGUGUGCAGGCCCGCCUGCUGCGCCCCUGUCUGCUGCAAGCCCGUCUGCUGCACCCCUGUGUGCUGCGAGGACUCCCCCUGCUCAGUCCCCUCCUGCUGCCAGCCCAGCCCCUGCUGCAGACCCUCCUCCUGCGUGUCCCUGCUCUGCCGCCCCGUGUGCCCCCGCCCUGCCUGCUGUGUGCUCGCCUCGGGCCAGUCCUGCUGCUGA